UAUAUUAACUAUAUACCACACCUCCUCUGUCCUUAUCUGUGGUACUGUAUAUUAACUAUAUACCACACCUCCUCAGUCCUUAUCUGUGGUACUGUAUAUUAACUAUAUACCACACCUCCUCAGUCCUUAUCUGUGGUACUGUAUAUUAACUAUAUACCACACCUCCUCAGUCCUUAUCUGUGGUACUGUAUAUUAACUAUAUACCACACCUCCUCAGUCCUUAUCUGUGGUACUGUAUAUUAACUAUAUACCACACCUCCUCAGACCUUAUUGAUUAAUUACAACACAUAGGUGUAUUAUAAGGCAUUAUAAAGGUCAUUAAAAUAAUGAUACACACGUACUUCAUAGAAACUGUUACCCUUCAUAUAUUCUAACAACUCACAUUUUAAGAUUCAUUAUGUCAUUUGUUCCAUGUUAAGGGCUCUAACCUUGGAACUAAACUAUUUGUCUCCCUCUUGCUGUUGCAUGCAGUUCCUCUCUCUCUUCCUCCAUUCCUCUAACCCCUCCCUCCCUCUAACCCAACCCCUCUGGCAGAACCAGGAAGUCCCUCCCCCUCCCACAAACUCUCUUCUGAGGAAACGAAACUGAUCUGAGUCUCUGUGUCGUCUGUCUGUGAGAGAGUGAACAACCGUCCAAAUGGCUCAACAGGGAGUUUUGCUGGACCAGGACCAGUUCUGUUGUUCUGUCUGUCUAGAUCUACUGAAGGAGCCGGUCACUACUAUCUGUGGACACAGUUACUGUAGGAGCUGUAUUGAGGGCUGCUGGGAUCAGGAUGUCCUGAAAGGGGUCUAUAGCUGUCCUCAGUGCAGAGAGACCUUCACUCCAAGGCCUAAUCUGAGGAAAAAUAACAUGUUGGCUGAGCUGGUGGAGAAACUGAGGAAGACAGGACUCCAGGCUGCUCCCCCUCCUGCUCUGUACUAUGCUGGACCUGGAGAUGUGGUGUGUGAUUUCUGCACUGGGACCAGAAAGCAGAAAGCCCUCAUGUCCUGUCUGGUGUGUCUGGCCUCUUACUGUGAGACUCACCUCCAACCUCACUAUGAAUUUCCUGGUUUCAAGAAGCACAAGCUGGUCAAAGCCACCGCACAACUACAGGAGAAGAUCUGCUCUCAUCAUGACAAACUGCUGGAGGUUUACUGUCGUACCGAUCAGCAGUGUAUCUGUCUGCUGUGUGUGAUGGAUGAACAUAAAGGCCAUGAUACAGUGUCAGCUGCAGCAGAGAGGACUGAGAAACAGGUAAGACCAGAACAACUUCUUGAUAGCUCAUUGAAGAGUGAUUCUCCACAGAGGCAGCUGGGGAUGAGUCAGCAGAAGGUCCAGCAGAGAUUCCAGGAGAGAGAGAAGGAGCUGAAGGAGCUCCAACAGGCUGUGGAGUCUUUCAAGCUCUCUGCACAGUCAGCAGUGGAGGACAGUGAUCAGAUCUUUACUGAGCUGAUCCGCUCCAUUGAGAGAAGGAGCUCUGAGGUGAAGGAGCUGAUCAGAGCCCAAGAGGAGGCUCAAGUGAGUCAAGCUGAAGGACUCCUGGAGCAACUGAAGCAGGAGAUAGCUGAGCUGAGGAAGAGAAGCACUGAGCUGGAGCAGCUCUCACACACAGAGGAUCACAUCCAUUUCCUCCAGAGUUAUCAGUCUCUCUCCAGUAUCAGUGUAUCUUCAGACUUACCCAGCAUCGUUGUCCGUCCUCUUCAGUACUUUGGAGAUGUGAGUAAGACUGUGUCUGAACUGAGAGAGAAACUAGAAGACUUCCUUAAAGGAGAAUGGACCAAGAUCUCCACUACAGUGAAUAUAGUGGAUGUUGUACUGCCUCCAGAGCCCAAGACCAGAGAACAGUUGUUACAAUAUUCCUGUCAGCUCACACUGGACCCAAACACAGCAUACACAGACCUCUCUCUGUCUGAAGGGAACAGAAAGGUGACCUAUACAGACCAAGUCCAACCAUAUCCUGACCAUCCAGACAGAUUCACCUACUGGUGUCAGGUUCUGUGUAGAGAGGGUCUGUCUGGACGCUGUUACUGGGAGGUGGAGAGGACUGGUGGUGUUAUUACAGCAGUCUCAUAUAAAGACAUCAGCAGAACAGGGACAGAUAGUGGAUUUGGACUCAAUAACAAGUCCUGGAGUUUAAAGUGCUCUAGUGGUGGUUAUUGGUUCAGACACAAUAAUGUUGUGACUAAAGUAUCAGGCCCUCAGUCCUCCAGAGUAGGAGUGUACCUGGAUCACAAGGCAGGUACUCUGUCCUUCUACAGUGUCUCUGACACAAUGACCCUCCUCCACAGAGUCCAGACCACAUUCACUCAGCCCCUCUAUCCUGGGUUUGUUCUCUAUUAUAAUAAUGGUUCUGCUGAGCUGGUUAAACUGUAAACUGAUUAGUUAUUAAUUAAAAUUCAAUCCAAUGUUUUAA